CAAAAGAUCGUGGUUUCUAUGCUGAAAAUCUAUUCAAAGUUGAAUGUGAAGAUUUGGGCGAUCUUGAAGGCGUACUUGAAGAAGGUUGUAAAAUCGUCAAGUACGAAGCCACAGUAUGAAUGAAAAUUCAAGCCGUAGCCAUUCAGUUAUGACAAUCAAUUUGUUUUCCGAGAUUGCCGAUCCUGAUGAUCCACAGGGAUUUAUCCGUAAAGAAGGCCGUCUUUGUUUAGUUGAUUUAGCGGGCAGUGAAAAAACUAAACGUACGAAUAGUAAAGGUGGUACAUUUGUCGAGGCAAAUAACAUAAAUCGUUCAUUACUUGUGCUUGGGAAUUGUAUCGCUUGUUUAGCUGAUCCAAAACGUCGUACAGGUCAUAUACCAUAUCGUGAUAGUACAUUGACGAAAUUAUUGGCCGAUAGUCUUUCGGGUAAUGGCAUGACUUUGAUGAUUGCCUGUGUAUCAUCAUUGAAAUGUGAUUCACAGGAAACAAUUAGCACAUUACGAUAUGCAUCACGUGCUAAACGUGUACGAAUGAAUCCAGUGGUUCAAAUGGAUCCACGUGAAUUACUUAUAUUGAGUUUAAAACGUGAAGUACGUAUGUUACGAAUGGAAAAUCAAUAUCUACGACAAAAUUGUCAUCAAAUGUGGAGUAUUCAACAACCGCUGCAACAAUCAAUGAUUGAUUCGUCAGAACAAUUUUCGGAUAAAAAUCAAUCUAUGGAUAACGAUGAACAGCAAAAUCUUCUGCGAAAAUAUAUGAAAGAAAAUGAAGUUUUACGUGUGGAAAAUGUUCAAAUUAAUCUACAACGUAAUCGCUUAGUACGUGAUCAUGAACUUGUUUGUCGUGAAAAUGAACAGCUAUUACGUAAAUUGAAUUUAUUAUUAUAUAAAUUAAAUUCAUUUGAAAAAAAUGGUGGUGAUGGUGAUAGUGUUCCAACGACAACAAUGCUGGUUCGACCACAAUUGCCACCACCAUCAUCAUCAUCAUCGAUAAAAUCAGCAUCAACAGCAACGACUAACGCCGCAUCGAAUUUAUACUCAUCAUCAUCAUCACCAUCGAUAUUAUCGAUACUUGCCUAUGAUGAUGCUGAUAAUAAUAAUUUGAAUGCAAAUGAUUCGGAUAUUAUAAAUGAUGAUGGUGAAACAAUAGCAAAUAAUCCAUUGAUGGAUCAAUAUCAACGAUCAUCAUCAUCGAAGACGACAGGUAAUAUGAGACAAAUAGCCUCUUCUCGUCCGACAGCAACAAUAAAUUCUGUUAAUGGACAAAUUACUACUAAAACAUUGAAUGAUCGGGACAAUAACGAUGGUAAUGAUGAUGGUGAUGGACAAUUUCUUGAUCUAACCAUUCAUGGCCGAUCGGCCGUUACAGUCAUUCAUCCAAAAUCAUCAUCAAAACGUCGAUAAAUAGUAUUUAUCUAUCUGUGUAUUUGUAUUUGUAAUUCUUUUUUUUUUUCAAAUAAAGUUGUCUUGUUCUGUUCU